CUGACCCCUUCUUCAUCCUCAGAUUAGCAUUAACUUGUCAUUUCUGUUCCCCAAAGAUACUUCCAAGAGGGCCAGUUUCCAUCCAUGGCCCCAUUCAGGUCCAAGUUACUGCUUUCUCUUGUAGGAUCCCCACUAGCCUAGAUGGCUCCUUUGUGAACAAAGAACAAGGCACCCCCUCAACACUGACACAGCCUGCUGGACACACAGUUCAGUGGGCAGUGACACCUUUGAGCAAAAUAAGAAAAAGAUGCCUUUUCCUUUGGCCAGACUCAGCUCUGUGCCAGGGCUCGUGGAUUUUAGUUCCCACAAGCCUUCCUUGACAAGGUGAUCUUGUAAAGUGAGCACCUGCGUAUCUGUAUCCAGAGGCCCUUCUGCUUGGACCGCUGCACUAGCCUCUGGGGGGCAGGGGGAUAUAGACUUCCAUUCCGGGUCCUUUCAGUCCAUUUUCCACAGGUCACCAGAAUCACACACACAUAUCACACAACUCACCGCUACCUCUGGUUAUGUUACGCCCCAGCUAAAAGAACAGCAGCGGGCUCCUGGUGUUCUUAGAACAGAGCCCAAACUUCGUAAAUUGGAUGAUAUGCCCUGCAUGGCCAGGGCCCUGCUGCGCUCACCCAGCUGUGAAGGACCUUAUGUACUGAGCCAGCGGAACUGGACUCUGGCCUGUGAUGACAGAGCGCAGGGUGAGGGGCGAAUGCUCCAGGGUCAUAGCAGGUGUAUGUGGGGCCAAGCAUGAACAUCAGAGAGCACCAAGGUGCCAGGUGAACUGCCAUGGUUGGGGGUGUAGGCCAGCCACAAGGGCAAGGACCCCUGAGCUGUUCCAAACCCUGCGUGACCCCUCCAGGCUAAUUCCCCAGAGUUCAGAGAACCAAGAAUGGGCUUCGUGCUCUAUCAUGGCCCAGCCCCUUGAGCUUGGGCUUUAUGAUUAACAAAUAUUCAGAAGCCAGCCAAUGAGGUGCCAUCCAGGACCUGGGCCCCAGAAGUAGGACAGGCCCUGCAGUCUCUCCUGGAUGCCAGUCGGAUGCUGAGGACAGAGGCAGGCAGAGGCUGCCCUGGACACUCCAGGCUCUUGUGACAGCAGGGCUGCUGGGCAAGCAUAAGGGGGCACCUAGGUCUUUCCUGGUGGCUCAGAUGGUCUCUCUUGAACUUCGAGAUCCAGACAACCAGAAGUCUUCUAUGGCUCCUUAUCACAUCCGCAAAUACCAGGAAAAUGACCACAAAUGGGUCACAGACUUGUUCUCUAAGGUGAUGGCUGAGCACAUUCCUACCACCUUCCGCCACAUCCUGAAGCUGCCCCAAACCCUUGUGCUCUUGCCUGGGGGACCCCUUGCCCUAUUCCUAGUCUCUGGCUCCUGGGUCCUGGCCUUCGUGGCCAGCCUCGCCCUCCUUGCUGCCCUGAAGUUCCUUGCCGAAUACCCCUGGAAGCAGUUUAAAGUCAUGUCUUUGCACACAGACUUGUCUGACAUCACUAAAUCUUACUUCAGGGAGAGUGGCUCCUGCUUCUGGGUGGCUGAGUCUAAGGGGCACGUGGUGGGCAUAGUGGGAGCACUGCCUGUUAAGCCCACCCUGCAGAAGAAGCAGUUGGAGCUGCUUCACCUAUGUGUGGCCCCUGAGCACCGAGGUCAAGGGAUAGCCAAAGCCCUGGUCAGGACUGUCCUCACGUUUGCACGAGACCAGGGCUAUGGUGAAGUGGUCCUUACCACCAGCUUGCUGCAGCACUAUGCCCUGGCCCUUUACCAGCGCCUUGGCUUCCAGAAGAUGAGCCAGUUUUUCUUAUCCACGAGCUGGAGGCUAAUGUCUAUCUCUCAAAUUCAAUUUACCUACUGCCUCCCCUCUGCUCAGGUCUCUCAGGCACUGGAGCAGAGAGGAGGCCUGUGAUCUGUUUUCUAGCAGAUUAGUCAGGA